UCUAACUAUCUUCUACUCCACCCACCGCCGCCACCACCACUCUUUAGACCUAACUAUACUCUUCUGUGCACGCAACCAUGGACAUUGUUUAGAUCUAACUAUCUUCUCCUCCACCCACCACCGCCACCGCCAUCAACAUACUCUACAUAUCUUUGCCCUCAUAAUUAUGAGCCAUCGUCUAUGUUUUCCUCUCAUGUGAGAUCCAUGGUAUUCCAAGUCACUGACGAGCCGCACCAUCAGGCCAUUCCUCAUGCACCACAGUCGCUGCCCAACUGUUAGGCCAUGCUCUGUUUACAUCUCGGAUGAAGACAACAAGAUCCAAAGUGAAAGGGUCAUAUUAGAACUAAAUACCUAUUUUUGAGGCUUCUACAAAAUUCUCAUCGUUCAAGUGCAGCAAGUGCAUUAGGGUGCCACUUUUGGAACGGAGAAGACGAAGUCUAAAAUUCAAGGCUUCUGUGAAAAUCUCAUUGUUCAAGCGCAAUAAGUGUGUUAAGAUGCCACUUUUGAAACGAAGAAGACGAGGUCUAAAAUCAAAGGCUUAUGUGAAAAUCUCAUUUUUCAAGUUCAAUAAGCAUGUUAAGAUAGCACUUUUGGAACGAAGAAGACGAGGUCUAAAGUCAAAGGUUUUUUCUGCACAAGAUCCUCAGACAAGUAAUCGUGGAAAAGAAAGGCAUGGGAAAACCAUUGAUGAGGAAGGCAGCAGAGUGAGCUGCAAUUACUGCGGUAAGGUGGUUUGUACUUACAACCGUCUAGAGCAACAUGUAGCAGGCAUCAGGGGCAAUGUUCGUCCAUGCAACCUAGUACCAGACAGUGUCAGGACAAGCUUAAGGGCUUCACUUGUGGAUCGCAAGAAAGGUCGGAUGCUCAGACAAACGAAGAGACUGAAGCAUGAACAUGAUGAGGUUUCUCAUAAAAGCCCAGCCCUUCCAUCUGCUCAAGUCCAGCAACCAAAGCUACAACCAACUGUGUCCAGUAACAACCGCUGCUUUCUUCAUUAUCCACCGGAUUUGACGCAGCCCAAGGAAAUCACAUAUAAUUCUUGUCAACUGAAACCCAAGGUUGAGGCAAGUGAUUACUUCGAUUCUCCGUCAGCAAAAUCAAUUGGGAAGUUCUUCUUCGAAGCUGGACCUGAGCCUGGUGUUCUCCAUUCAUCAUCUCUGAAGGAGAUGGUUGUGUUUCCCCAUGGGCCUGGGGCUGUAAUAAUGCCUACGUACGAAGCUGUUCUGCAGGAGCAACUAAGAGAAACUGAGAACCGCGCAAAGGAACUCAAGCAGGAGUGGCAAACAAGUGGCUGCACUGUAAUUGUGGAUAGUUGGAAGAGCAAGUCCGGCAAAAGCUUUGUAAGUGUCCUGGUGCACUGCAGCAAAGGUAUGCAUUUCCUCAGAUCCAUUGACGUCUCUGAAAUCACUGAGGACUUGGAUGAGCUAGAAUCAAUGCUUUCUCGCGUGGUUGAUGAUGUUGGUGCCCAUAACAUUGUUCAGAUUAUCACAAAUGAUGUGUCGCCCCAUAUGCAGAUUGCACGGCAGUAUGUGCUAAAUAAAUAUGAUGAAUUUUUCUUUGUGCUAUGUGCUGACCAUUGCAUCAACCUUCUGCUGGAGAAAAUAGCAGCUCUCAAGCAUGUCAGUAAAGUCCUAAUAAAGGCAAGGGAUAUCACAAGGUUUUUAUAUGGCCAUGCAUUGCCAAUGAAACUAAAAGGAAGAUAUGUUCAGGAGGAGAUUUUGAGCAGUUCUUACCUGAACUUUGUUGCAGCGUUCAUCACAUUAGAGAGGUUAAUUUCUGCAAGAGUAGGUCUGGUGCAGAUGUUCAGCUCGCCUGAAUGGGUUCCCUCUGGUUGGGCUUGUCUUGAUUUGUUCGAGCGUAUCCAGCGCAUAGUAAAGACAGACGAUACAUUUUGGCAUGCUGCUGCCCAAGUCGUGAAGGUUACAAACCCACUUGUCAGGGUGUUGUCUAAACUGGAAUCUGAUAUCUGUCCGAUGGGUAUCUUGUAUGAAGCCAUGGAUGGUGCAAAAGAAGAGAUACAUGUCAAUAUUGGAGAUGAAAGUGAGCUUUAUUGGGGUAUGAUUGACAGGAUAUGGGAUGGUUACUUGCAUAGCCCUCUCCAUGCUGCUGGUCAUAUGCUAAACCCAAGGAUCUUUUAUGCAGCUGGAUUCCAUGCUGAUACUGAGAUCAGCAGCGGCAUCGCGGCCUGUACAAUCCAACUGGGCAAGGCUCAUUACAAUGCCAGAAAAGCGUCUGCACAAUUGGAAGUGUAUGAAAAGAAGUUGGGCUAUUUCGACACAGAUCCAGCAAUGCAGCAAAUCAUGGAAUUACCACAAGUUCAAUGGUGGUCGACGCACGGGGCACGCGUGCCGGACCUGCAGACCCUGGCGAGGCGGGUCCUGAGCCAGACGUGCUUCGGCGCCACCAGGUACAACAUGGACUGGAGCCUGUCGGAGAAGCUGCACGCCGAGUGGGAUGAGAUGACGCCGCCCGAGCAGGAGAGGCUCCGGCAGAAGGAGUACGUCCACUACAACCGCGUCCUCGCCGGCGCCGCCCCGCUCCUGCACGGCUCCUCCGUGAAGCAGCACGACAGGGUCACCAUAGUGCUGCAAGACUGGAUCAGACCGCAGAAAUAGGCUGCUGGACGGCGCUCAGUUCAGCCUGGAACAAUGCCUUCGCCUCCUCCGUUUUGUUUGCUACUAGUAUCUGUGUGCGCUACUGCAAUGGUUUGCAGCAGUAAUCUGUCGAAUGCCCACCUGUGGCUUGCUCUUGUGCUAUCGUGGUCUGAAUCUCCAGGUUUUUUUAUUUCUUGAGCUCCUGCUGGAUUACCAUGUUAGUUAUGUUCUGUUGAAACCCUGCUGAAUUUCCAAGUUAUCAUUAGUAUGUUGGAGAAACCCUGCUGAA